AUAAAACGAGCCGCGCAACGUAUAUAACCGCUCGCAAACAUAUAGUGAAAAUAGUUUACUUUUUCCGUUUAGAGAGCAUAUCUUAUGAUCAAAAGAGGAACAGAAUGAGCAGAAAAUGGAAUCCCACGCUGUGGAGCAAGACUUUCGACCAAAUGUUGAAAGAAAAGUUGGGCAAUGAUGACAGCUGGGAAUUUCGGUCCAACAACAGCCUGGAAGAGAAUCUCUCUGAUGAUGAGAAGAGCUUGGGGUGGAAGAUCUCCAGCUGCCGCUCUGCCCACGGAACAUUCAGGUGUGGUACCUGCCGCAGAAGCUGGCCAUCGGCCCGGGUUACUCUUCUCUUCCACUACCGCCUGCGCAGCGAGGCAGCCCGGGGGACGGUGAUCAUGCGACCCUUCGGACAGGCGUGCCGGGGCUGCAGUGGGAAGUUUCUGCUCCCAGGGUUCUCCAGGCUGCAAGUAAAGAUGGUCCUGCUCAAGCUGAUUCGCAAGAUCAAGAAGAACUGCUACGGUGAAGAGCAAGAGAACAACAAUAAUUCCUUCCCCUCUGAGAAUGUGCGGACGAAGCCGCAUGAGAGUUCGCUGUGUGAGGCCUGUAGUCAGGGGAUGUGCCGUGUGGGAAAGGAAACAUGAUUACCUCAGGAGCCCCAGCAGGCAACAUGAGUCGCCCUAUUAGUUACCUGAGACACAUAAUUAAAAAAAAAAAUUUUUAUAUUAAAAAGAAACAAAAAUGCCUCUAAAUCAAUAUAUAUAUUUUUAACCAAUGUAAUAUGGAGGAAAAUAUUUAUUCAAAGUGAUAUUGUAUUGUCUACGUUUGGAACCAUAUGUAUAUGUGGAGAUGUGGGGGGGGGGUGGGUGGCAUGGUUAUGGCUGUGGGCGGAGAUAAGGGGGGAGGAUAUUAGAUAAUCGGGGCUAGCCUUUAUCUGUUUGCAUGGUGUGAGAUUGGGGACUCUGAGAUGAGAGAGAGAGAGAGAGAGAGAGAGAGAGAGAGAGGGCCGACACAGGCACAAUCAGUGCACAAGCAAACAGGCUGAGACAGAAAUUAAUUUCCUUUUGUAUUGUACAUAUUACAAUCAACGUCAAAGGGAGGAAUUCUUUGAAAAUAUAAACACUAUUUUCCCCAACAUCCAAAAUAUGAGUGACAAUGAAAAAUUAUUAUUAUUAUUUUAACCUUGUACUAAAGAUAUUUGUUUAUAUUAGAAUAAUAGUAAUAUUGUUUUUUGUGAUGUUCUUCACACCUUAAUGUUAUUUGUUUCUUUUUGACACGAAUAUGUGAAUAUGCCUAUUAUUAUUCUUAUUAUUAUUAUUAUUAUUAUUAUUAUUAUUAUUAUUAUUGGACAAGCCGCCAAUCUAUCGCAGGGCACACACAGCAUUCACUCACACCGGAGGCAGAAACGCGUUAUGCUUUUUAUACUAAUGAUUUAAAUAAUUGUUAAAAAAUGUUGUAAAUAUUGCCAGAAUUGUUUGUUUAUUUGAUGAGAUAACUGCUUAGAAUAAAAUAUGUCAGUUUAA